CUCCAUCUCGGUCUCCGUUGCCGAUGCCCAUCCCACUCACCCGAGCGGCAUAUCGUCCCACCAAAGGUACGAGACAGACGGCAUCCACGUCCUUGGCCUUGGGCCUCGCCUGCUAUUUGCAUCCCAUUCUCCACUCACCCGACCCCGCGCGCGCGCUGCCAUUCGAUCCUCUCCUCCACUAGUCGCCAGUCGCCAUGCAGCAGCAAGAUGGGUUCGCCAGGCAGCUGCUGCUCCGCGUCGUCGCGCUGUGCCAUGGGAGUAGUAAGCUGCCGCCGCUGCCGGCUCCCCCGGCCAUGGCGGAAAUGCCGAGGGUGGAGAUGGCCGGCGACGGCCGCGUCGAGCAUCUCGAGAAGUUCUCCCACUACGUCGCUCGGCAGAUUGGGUUCGAGGACGCGAGCGAGUGCCCCCACCUGUGCAAGGCGGCCAACAACUACCUCCGGCAGACCAACAGCUGCAUGGCGGACGUGUACGGCCUCCUGGACGGCGUCCCGGACGCCGACGCGCUCUACGUCAAGUUGGUGGACGAGCUGGAGAGAUGCAUCCUCGGCUACUUCGCCUUCCACUGGGACCAUUCCACCAUUCUCGUCACCCAGGCCUUGAGCGUCGACAGCGCCAACAAAAAGAAGCUGAGGAACGUGAUUCUGGAAGCUAACAGGAAGCAACGAUUCGAGCGGAUUACGAAGGACCUGAAGGUGGCGCGGGUGUUCUCCACACUGGUGCACGAGAUGAAGGCCAUCGGCACGGUGACAGGGAUGAACGGCGAGGAGGAGGCGCACUGCACCGACGUGAUGGCCCCGGUGGCGCACAACGACCGGUCCCCGGUGCUGCUGCUGAUGGGCGGCGGCAUGGGCGCCGGCAAGAGCACCGUGCUCAAGGAGAUACUUCAAGAGCCGUUUUGGAUAGAGGCGGGGACGAACGCGCUGGUGGUUGAGGCGGACGCUUUCAAGGAGACGGACGUGAUCUACCGCGCAAUUAGCUCCAUGGGCCACCACAACGACAUGCUUCAGACAGCAGAGCUGGUGCACAAGUCGUCGACGGACGCGGCGUCGUCGCUGCUGGUGACGGCGCUGAACGAGGGGCGCGACGUGAUCCUGGACGGCACGCUCUCCUGGGAGCCCUUCGUGGAGCAGACCAUCGCCAUGGCCCGGGCCGUGCACUCCCAGCGCCACCGCAUGGGCGUGGGCUACAAGGUGGACGAGGACGGCACCAUCACCGAGAACUACUGGGAGCCCGUCCCCAACGACCAGGACUUCGUCGCCGCCAACAGGGACCGGAAGCCGUACCGGAUCGAGGUCGUCGGCGUCGUCUGCGACGCCUACCUCGCCGUCGCCAGAGGGAUCAGGAGAGCGAUCAUGACGGGGAGAGCGGUGAGGGUGAACUCGCAGCUCACGUCGCACAAGAGGUUCGCGGCGGCGUUCCAGAAGUACUGCCAGCUUGUGGACGGGGCCAAGCUCUACAGCUCCAACUCCUUGGGCUCUCCACAGCUGAUCGCGUGGAAGGGCGACAUCAACGGCAGCCUGCUGGUGGAGCCGCGCGAGAUCGACUGCCUGGACAAGGUGAGCAACCUCAACGAGGGCGCCACCUCCCUGCACGACCUCUACCCCGGCGGCGCCACCACCUGCGGCUCCCGCUCAAUCUGGGACGACAUGAUCGUCGCGCCGUCCCGCGCCACCGUCCAGCGAGAGAUCCGGGAGGCCAUCCGCUCCGUGGAGCCGACGGUGACGCCGACCGCCUUGUAGCAUCCAUCCAUGUUGUCAUGUCGAUGUUGCGGGCGCUGCUGGCCGGGUGUUCUUGGGCCUUAAUGAAUCGCGCCCAUAGUUUUGACGCGGCAGACGGGGGCGAAUUGGGGCAACUCUUUUUUUUUUAGGGUUCCAUUGUUGUGUGUGUGUUUUUUGGGGUAUAACGGUCGUUGGUACAUACACCAAUGUCUGCAGCUAGCAGUUCAGAUGAAAUGUAUGUUGCGACAUCCAUUUGAGGAUAAAUAAAUCUUGUAAUUAAUUACCUGAAGAAUGAUAUUUCUAUAUACAUAAGUCCAACUUUUAAUAA